AUGAGGCGUAUGUCAGCGGUGAAGGUCCCAUUCUCUGUGCGGAGCCAUAUCGAGAGCCUCGAUGCAGGCUUGUCUUCUGUGAAUGGCGCACUGGAAGUUAUCGAUAUGAUACGGUCGAGGCAGCGUGUCACGAAACUAAUCCUCGGACACAAUGAUCUUGGUGACGACGGCUGCGUGGUGCUGUUCGGUUUUCUUAAUUCCCAGAAAGGACGUCGGUAUCCCAUCUCGGAAAUAAGCUUGAACUCGAAUCGAAUCGGAGACCGGGGCCUGCAGGCAAUUGGCGAAUAUCUGAAGGAUAACACGACGUUGAAGGAGCUCUUCCUGCAGAACAAUGUCUUCAGAGGCAACCCUAGCGUAGUCUCAGCCUUCACGGCAGCCCUCAACUCCUCUUACCUAGAGACGUUGUCGUUGACCACCAAUCACGACUUGUCGGACGCCUUCAUCGCCCAGUUCCUGCCGAACAUGGAUGCGCCCUACCUAGGCGAGAUUCAUCUAUCUGUCCUCGGCAUUACUCCGACCUCCGUCCCCCAUAUCGUCGAUUACAUAUCCUCUUCCCGCUGCCGAGUGCACACGCUCAAGAUGAAUGGCAACCGCCUCGGUAUUCGCGGCGCGUGGGCGAUCAUCCGCGCCAUCCAGCGGCACAACUUCACUCUCACCAAGCUCGAGCUAUACGCCAAUGGGCUUGCCGACGCCGAUGCAUCGAGCGAGACAACUGCGAGCGAGGACGACGGUGGUGGCCGCGGUCUUUGGCAGGAUAAAGAGAAGGAGCUCGGUCGUCUGCUCCACCGCAAUAGACAACUGAAGGAGGCGACCGAGAGGGAGGCGUUCGCGCUCUUGCGACAUGCAAGAGCCGUCCUGCUUCGCUCGAAGUAUAACGCAUCCUCGAUGGCGUUGGUGCCUCGCCCUGCACCGAACGAGAGUAUUCUCUCGUCGAUCGGAGUUCCAAUUGUGCUCACCCAACCAGCACCUCCACCGUUCCCGUUCACCCGCCUCCCCAUCGAGCUGCAGCUGCACAUCCUCUCAUUCCUAGCACCGACGCUCUCGACCGCACAGCACAUUCGCAUCUGCACCUUUGCAGCAUCACCCGGCACGCUUCCACCGCUUCUCCCGAACCUGUCUCCGCGAGACUAUUCGUUUGGCUCUUCGAUCUCAGCCUUGGGCUUCGGUGCUGGUGUCGGGAUGAUGCCACGAAAGCGUGCAGGCGCGUCCGUCGGCCCAGGUUCUAUCUCCGGAAAGGUCGCUUCGCCUGGUGAUCAUAGGAGAGCGGAGGAGCGUGCAAAGUGGUUGAUUCGAAUGCGGUGCAAUGCGUUCGAGCUUGAGGAGGAUGGAGUGUGGGCGCAGAUGCAUGAGCUUGCGGAAUAG